CAGCCUUUCUCACACCUUCAAUCUUUGGUAAUGAAUGUGUAAAUCAAAUAUUAAGGAAAAUUUAUUUUUAGUUAAAAUGACGAACAAUUAGGAUUCGAAAAUAGCUUAGGUUUAGAAUGAAAAGUGUAAAUAUAGUAAGUUAUAAGAUUACCAGAUUCAUUGAUUGUGUUUUGUCUUAUAAUGCCGCCCCAAUAGGAUUAGUAGUAUUCUGAUGUGCCUGAAAUUCCAAAUGGCACGUCGUUAUACUAAUAUUUCCAUUCUCCUUUUCUUCUUCCUCCUAAUAAUUUCAACUGCUCUCUUCUUCUUUUUCAACAGCACGAGAAUUGUUCAACCUGAAAAUGAAAUCUCUCUUUACACAGAUUCCCUUUCCCCUACUAUUGUCUUGGAACCCAUUUUCUCAAAAUCUAAUCAUACUAAUGUUGCAGUUGCAGUUGCAGUUGCUGCAACUCCCAUUUUCUCAAAAUCUAAUCAUAGUAAUGUUGCAGUUGCUCCAACUCCUAUUUUGUCAACGAAAUCUCCCACACAAUUAGGAGGACUAGAGCAGCCCAUACCCAUUUUACCAGAAACCAACACCUCCACUGAGACCCCAAAAUCUGAUCUUGAUUUGUAUCAGAACACAACAGUACUACCAAUUACAUCACAAAAACUCAAUUCAAGAUCAGAAAGUUGUGAUCUUUACAAGGGGAGUUGGGUGAAAGAUGAUGAGAAGCAGCACCCAAUUUAUAAGCCAGGGAAUUGCCCUUUUGUUGAUGAGGCUUUUGAUUGUCAGACUAAUGGUAGGCCCGACGCACACUAUCUUAACUGGAGAUGGAAGCCACAUGGAUGUCAUCUUCCCAGGUUUAGUCCAACAGAUUUUUUGGAGAAAUUGAAAGGAAAGAGGCUGAUGCUGGUUGGGGACUCAAUGAAUCGGAACCAGUUUGAAUCUCUCCUUUGCCUUCUUCGUGAAGGCCUUGCUAAUAAGAGUAAAAUGUACGAGAUCCAUGGAUAUAAGAUAACAAAAGGAAGAGGCUACUAUGUUUUCAAAUUUGAGGAUUAUAACUGCACAGUUGAAUUUGUGCGCUCACAUUUCCUUGUUAGAGAAGGAGUACGUAUCAAUCCUCAAGGAAACUCAAAUCCAACUCUAUCAAUAGAUCUCAUCGACAAAACAGCUAAUCGUUGGAAGGGAGCUGACAUUCUUAUCUUCAAUACAGGGCAUUGGUGGACUCAUGGAAAGACUGCCAGGGGGAAAAAUUAUUAUAAAGAAGGUGACCGCAUAUACCCCAAAUUUGAUGCCGUUGAAGCUUAUAGGAGAGCAUUGAAGACCUGGGCUAAGUGGAUUGAUGAAAAUAUGAGUCGUGAAAAGUUGAUUAUAUAUCGAGGGUACUCUACAGCUCACUAUAGAGGCGGAGAUUGGGAUUCCGGUGGAAGUUGUAAUAAAGAGACUGAACCUGUUUUGAAAGGAGCUAUCCUUGGAAACUACCCUUUGAAAAUGAAGAUCGUGGAGGAGGUGAUCAAGGAAAUGCAGGUGCCAGUAGUCCUUUUAAACGUAACACAUUUAACAAAUUUCCGUAAGGAUGGCCACCCAUCGGUGUAUGGGAAGGUUGGUAAAAAGGCAAAACAAGAUUGUAGUCAUUGGUGUCUACCGGGAGUCCCCGACGCAUGGAAUGAGCUAAUCUAUGCCACUUUGGUCUUUCAACAAUGAGCUUGUUUCAUUCUUUUGAUUCUUAAGCAGGCGAUGCAAAACCCCUGAACGCCUCCAGGGGGAGGCUGAUCAUACAGUGUUCAAUACAACAGUGGGCUACAUGAAAUCCCAAGCCAGAUGGGGAGCAGUGUUCGAUAUAAAAGAGGCAAUAUGUGCUGCACUAAAUGUAGAAAGUGUUAACAUUUUGAAAUGAGAUGAGUAUAGUUGUGUCCAUUUUGAAGUUGCAUCAUUUCAGUUUUUGUACCAAAAUUAGAUAGUAAUGUUAUAUUCCUUAUUUCCCAGGAUCCAUUGAUUACACAUGAUUUUUUUUUUUUGGGUUUCCCCUCCGGUGUCCUCUACCCACAUUGAAGUCCGACUAAUCUGGAUUUUUGGCAAUAUGUACAUGCUUAUAUGCAAGUAUUGAGAUAGACAAUGGAAGAACAUCUUGUUUUCAAUUA